GGACCCGUUAAUAACUUUGGAGCUAAAAUGCGCAUUUGGUCGACCGCAACUCAUGCAUUAUGGAGCGCAGCUAGCAUACGUCACACACACGUACACACACACGCAACGCAUUUGCGCAUGUAUUUACAGGCAAUGGCCAUUCCCGAGGGCGGCUGUUGCUGCUAAGAGAGCAAGAGAGAGGGAAGUAGAAAUUACCUGCAGCGUAAAACUCUCUGACACUGCCUACCAUGUAUACACACUCAUAUACGGAGCAGCCUGCAGCAGCACUAAACAGUAUGUGCCAGGCGCGUUCGAGUUCGGGAGCUCACACGCGCGAGUGUAUGUCGCGAUCUCCUAUCAUAUGUGUGAGUGUGUAUCAGAAUGCGUGUGUAUAUUGUUGACGCGGCAGUAAAGAGUGCGGAGUCGCGAUAAAAAAAAACUGUGCGAGCGACUUUUAUCAAGGCAUAACUAUCUCUCUCUCUACGGCUCCUGUGUUGUACUGCACGCAUGCACGCAUCGACGAACAUCGCUGAUAGUAAUUAGAUUAUAUCUAUAUCGCAUAUACAAUACGUAUACAUGGUGCGCGUUAGAAAGUUUUGGCCUGUAUAGAAAAAAAAAACGAAGAGAAACAAAGCCUCUUCGUGGAUAGUUGUUAUAGGUGUGCGUAUACACGGUGUGUGCUGCAGUCGCGAAUAUAAUUACAUACUACAUACGCGUACCGAGAGUGGCGAAAUGGUCGACUGGGAGACGUUAUCGCUCACCAGUAUACCGCUCACCGAGAGCGAGUACAAGUAUUACAGUGACAUUUAUACCUAUUGUUGCGACAACAACGACGGCGACAUCGUCGCCACGACCAAGCUCGCGGAACUCCUCAGGUCGGCUCACUUGCCCACCGAUGUCACGCUCAAGAUUCUAGAAAUCUGCGGUGGUACCAAGAGUAAUGCAGUCAAUAGAAAGCAGUUCUUCGCAGCUCUUAAACUUGUAGCAGCGCACCAAACUGGCCUGGAAGCUACCAUAGAAAUAAUACCUGCAAAUAUAAAUGAAUUAGAGCUGCCCAAAUUUUGGUGGGGAUCAUCGCCAGCAGACCAAGAAGAGGUUGCCAAGAAGCAUAGACACAAGAAAAGUUCCAAAAAAACCGAACACAUGCCUGAAAGUACAACAGAUAGUGAGAGUGAUCGUGAAUCACCUCGAGAGAAUGAAGGUGGUAGCACAGAUUCUCCUACACCUACAAAUAGUGUUAUUACAGAAAGAAACGAUGGUGCUUUAGGAAGAGAAGUUACUACAGAAUCUGUUGGUUGGCAAAGUCUUCUAGUCUCUGAAGAACAGAGACAAUUAUUAGGUACUGAAGAAGAAAGUUCAGAACGACACAGUAGUGAUGAUGGUGAAGGAGAAGAUGGAGAUGUUUUUCCACCUGAAGAAGUCUGGAGGAUAAGUGAUGAACAACGAGAUUAUUAUGCUGCACAGUUUGCUCAAUUGCAGCCUAAUCCCGAAGGACUACUCGCAGGUUCCUUAGCUCGUAAAUUUUUCGAAAAAUCUCGAUUACCUGUAGAAGAGCUGCGUCGAAUCUGGCAGUUAGCCGAUGUCACGCGAGAUAGUGCUCUUAGCUUACAUGAAUUUUAUGUAGCAAUGCAUUUAGCCGUUUUGCGGCGCAAUUCAGUUCCACUGCCGGAUGUCCUGCCACCUCAGCUGGCUAAAUUAAUUGUUCCACCACCACCUGUACAGCAACCUCCUCCACCACCUGUACCUGUGCCUAGAGUUAGCCCUACUACCAGAAUCGCCGCAGCCAGAGUCGUAGCUUCUGCAGCAUCGAGCAAAGAAAAGGUGAAGGAGUGGACGAAAUUCGUUGACUCCCCAACUGGUGCAUCAGGCAGCAAUGGGAACCACAGCAAUGGCAACAGUAACAGUAACUCGCUAACGAGCCCCGGUCCAAAACCCGUCAAUUUUGACUUUCAAAAGGCAGCAGUCGCAUCGGACCCUAAAAUUUUACAUCCCGUACCGUUGAGACUGACGCCCGAGGCUGCUAUACUUGCAUCGAAUGCCAACGGAAAUAACGGCGUUGCUACGAUACUAGGUGACGAUAAUUCAAUGAUUGCCGUUCAACGGCCGUUAGCGAAAAAACCGGUCCUAACGGAAGACGUUACAUUAGCAACGCCGAAAAAAGAACCACCUCCUCCCCCACCACCUAGACCUUAUAGAACACACACGAGAAGUUCUAGUUUAGACCUUAAUAAAUUAGGCGCUCCACCAACAGUUCCGCCGAGAAUCUCGCCCGGAAUUGUGAGUUACUACCACAAUAACACUGGUACUAACGCAAAUAAACUAAAAUCUAAUUCUAAAAUAUUAUCCCAGACAAGCAGUGGCACAAAUAGAAAACUCGUGGGUCAAAAGAGCGAGGGCGGUGAUGCUCCACGAUUGAACCACGAGGAUCAAAAUUUUGUGGCGGAUUUCUCGCAAUUCGCACCGAAAGUCACUGAGAAUCAUCAGACUGUAGAAAACAAUGUUCCUUCGUCGCAGCAGUUCACCGGAGUUUGUGGUGCAUUUCAUAUUUACAAAAAGCCCAGUCCAAGACGAGGCAGUGGUCAAGACGAUGCAUCGAAGGAUGAAAACGACGGCGAUAAUAGUAAACGACUGACCUUGCAGGAAUUGAGAGAAAAAAACACAGAGUUGCGGCAAGUUUGCGAGGAGCUUACACGUGAAUUAGCCGGAGCAUUACAAGAGCGAAUAAAUCUCAGAGCCAAGCUUUUACUUCUAGCAUGAUCACGUUCACUAUGCAGCCUUAUAAUAGAGUAUUGAUACUAUCGUUUCUAGCUUUUCUAAUUUCAACGAAUAAUAAAAUUUGUAACGUACCGUUCUCGAGCUUUUAACGAGAUUAGAAUCGAUAAACAUCUAUGGUAUCUAAGGUAUUUUCUUCCUUGUAAAAGAAAAAUAAUCGAAACUAUGAAUUCAAGAACUUUUGGAGCAUGUCUUUUAAUUAUUUGUGGCAGUAAUUUGGUUUUAUUUUUUGUUCGCAAUUAAUUCACUUUACGGUGCGUUUCAAAAUUUGAAAAAAACACUUGAUUCAUAUGUUAGAAUCAAGUUUUCGUUUACUGAUCAAUUAAGAUAUGCUGCUAUUAAUUUUUACACUUAAAUAUUUAACACGUUAUUGAAAAAAUCAAAUACUAGUCGUACUUUUAUUUAAUAUAAAUAUUGUUAAUGUCAAUUAGUAUCACUACUAAUUUGUGCUAUUGUAAAUUUUCGGUCUGCGCUAUUAUAAAUAUGUAUUUGAAAAAGUAUUUGUUCCAUUUGUAAGCACGAAUACAAAAAAUUUGUUGCUUCAUUGUGGGCACUAAAAAGCAGCGAAGCUUAUAAAAAUUGUACGUUGAUGCAUAUCAAGAGAGUUUACAUUUAAUAAUGGUUGAAGUCAUAGAAUAUUCAAGAUUAUUGUUAAAAAGCUUGAUCCGAGUUCAGUUGAAGGACUUUGUAAAUGAUUAAAUCUACAGUUGAAAAUGAGAGAAUAUUUUUCACGUUCGAUCCUAUAAAAAAACGAAACAUAAAGUAAAAUGCGUUGGAAUUAAUUGUGCGCGUAUACCAGUUGAGUUUAAGACAACGAUUUUUUGUUCACUUUCAAUGUUUUUGUAAAUAAUCGAGGAAUUUUUUGUGGCGUGGACGUCAGCGAAUGAUUAUCGACGAGGAAUGAUCGAUUUAAAAGAAUGAAAUUUAAUGAAAUAAGACUAAAAAAGGCGAAUUAAUGAACUGCCUUGUCGGCUGGCCGUACCGACUUUAAUGAAUUGUUUAUUUAUAUGGGCAGAGUUCAUUCAUCGAGGAAAAUAAAUUGUUGCAAAAGAGAAAAGUAAAAUUAUCAAACUUUACGAGCGUUUUUAUCAUUACACAAAUAUGAAAUCUCUGUGCCAUGAAAUGAAUUAUAUGAUAAUGCGAUAUUGAGAUUUUGUUAUUUCCUCAGUUAAAAGAUCGUUUUUAUAGCUGAAUAACUAUAUUAAAAAAACUGUGACUAUUUAAAGAGCAGUCUUGCUUUUUUAUAUAUUGUAGGAUGUUGAGUGCAGUGUAAAGUACGCCCUCGGAAAGAAAAGUCUGUUUGCGUUAAGAAAAAAAUUAAGAGAAAUAAAUACGAUUGUUGAUUCGUUCGAAGCGAUGAAUUUUCGGUUUAGAUUAAAAACAAUUUCGACAAUACAAUUUAAUCUUAGUCGUCUUUACGCACUUUACGAUUAGAGAACCUCCUAAUGUUUAAGCGAGUAGUUUGUACCGAAAUACUUUACACAAACUUAUUAAAAAAUACGCAUUUUCAA